CUGCCUGGUGUGGUUUGGGCCACGCAUAAAAGGCUCCCGGGCCUAGGGCUCUCUCGGUUCUGAGAUCUCUUUCCUGUCUCUGCUCGUGUCUGGUCGUCCGCGUGUCCGGCUCUUGCCCACGCAGUGUCUAGGCUUAGCACCAAAAGUGACCUUGGGAAGGCAAGACAAAGGGUCUUCUGAAGCAAUAAAGACCAAGCUUGCAUGGGUCUCUGAUUUCAGUCAUGGCCUCCGGCAACGCGCACAUCGGAAAGCCUGCCCCUGACUUCACCGCCACCGCCGUGGUGGAUGGUGCCUUUAAGGAAAUCAAGCUUUCAGACUACAGAGGGAAGUACGUGGUCCUCUUUUUCUACCCACUGGACUUCACUUUUGUUUGCCCCACGGAGAUCAUCGCUUUUAGCGACCACGCUGAGGACUUCCGAAAGCUAGGCUGCGAGGUGCUGGGAGUGUCUGUGGACUCUCAGUUCAUCCACCUGGCCUGGAUCAAUACCCCACGGAAGGAGGGAGGCUUGGGCCCACUGAAUAUCCCUCUGCUUGCUGAUGUGACUAAAAGCUUGUCCCAGAAUUACGGCGUGUUGAAAAAUGAUGAGGGCAUCGCUUACAGGGGCCUCUUUAUCAUCGAUGCCAAGGGUGUCCUUCGCCAGAUCACAGUCAACGACCUACCUGUGGGACGCUCUGUAGAUGAGGCUCUCCGCCUUGUCCAGGCCUUUCAGUAUACAGAUGAGCAUGGGGAAGUCUGUCCUGCUGGCUGGAAGCCCGGCAGUGACACCAUCAAACCCAAUGUGGAUGACAGCAAGGAAUACUUCUCCAAACACAACUGAGAUGGGUAAACAUCGGUGAGCCUGAAUCCCGGAUCUCACCUGCGCCCUUACCUCGAUGUCCUGUGCUGGCCCAGAAAACGCUAGAUCUUCCUCUACACUCUGAAGGGGCUGGAGGCUAGGCCGAGGCUUUCUCAUUACCCACCCGGAAUCUGGUGAAUAGUGACCCUGCCCUGAGCACACCCAGCUGGGCCCAGGUCUAUAGGAAACCAAUAAAGUAUUAGGGACAGUGUAA